AUGAAGGUUUUUUACUAUUUACCUAUAGCCUAUGGUUUGCUUUUACCAACAGAAUUCAUAUCUAAUGUAUGGUAUCCUUUACAAGAUCAAAUUAUUGAAAAAUUAGACGUUUAUAAGGGAGAUGAAACUUUAGAUAACGUUGAUAAGUCAACCUUUGAAAAUUGGAUCAAUGAUCAAUAUAAAUUCAACUGGAAAUACUUAUUAAGAAACGUUGGGAAUUCUACAUUUUGUGAAGAUUCAGAAAUUUCUCCAGGAGUUAUUGUAGCUUCACCAUCAAAGAUCAAACCAAAUUAUUAUUAUCAAUGGACCAGAGAUAGUGCUUUAACUAUACGUACAUUAAUUCAUUAUUUACAAGAUAUUAAAGAUGGCAGUAUUAAUGAGGAUUUCAUCAAUAAAGAGGAAAUUCAAUUAUUAGUAGAACAAUACAUUUGGAACAAUUUCAAUUUACAAAGAUUAAAUACCUUAUCAGGGAGUUUCCAAGAUGGAGGUAUUGGAGAACCUAAAUAUUUGGUUAAUAAUUCAGCUUUCAUGGAAAACUGGGGGAGACCACAAAAUGAUGGUCCAGGGUUAAGAAUUACUUCUAUCAUCAAUUAUAUGAAUUUGGAUUUACCUUCAUUAACUAAUUUAAACAAGACUUUCGUUUAUAAUGAGAUUUUAAAACCUGAUUUAGUAUUUGUUGCUAAUAAUUGGAGUAAAGAUUCUUUCGACUUAUGGGAAGAAAUCAAUUCUUUACAUUUUUUUACAUCAAUAGUUCAAUUAAAAGGAUUAUUCGAUGGAUUAAAUUUCAUUCGUGAUGAAAAUAUCGAGCAUGACGAAGAUUUAAUCAAUUCUUUAACUGUACAAUAUGAAAAUUUAAAGAAAUUUGUUGAAAGUUAUUAUAUAAAUUCCAAGAUCGAUUAUGUAAUUGAAAGUCCAAAAGUCAAAUCUAGAAGUGGUUUGGAUAGUGCAGUAUUAUUAGCUUCAAUUCAUUCUCAUGAUAUGGUAGCUAAAGAUAUUGAAAUUCCUUUUAAUAUCGAUAAUAAUUAUAUUUUGAAUCAUUUAAUGGCCAUGAUCAAUGAUAUGAAAACAAGAUAUCCUGUUAAUUACAAAUCUUUAGGAAUCCAUGGAAUUGGAUUAGGAAGAUAUCCUGAAGAUAUUUAUGAUGGUUAUGGUACUAGUGAAGGUAAUCCUUGGUUCAUUUCAACAGCCACAGUAUCAGAAUUAGUAUUCAAAUUAAUCUGGAAAUUGAAUAACGACAAACAAGAUAUCAUAAUCACCAAUUUGAACAAGGAUUUCUACAGUAAAUUCUUAAAUUCUGUGGAAUUAGAUGAUUAUUUGAUCAUCAAAUAUAAAUCACCAAUUUACAAUUCAUUGAUUGAAAAUUUAUUCAAAUUUUCUGAUCUGUUCUUAGAUGUAGUAAAGAAUCAUAAUGAUGUUCAUGGAGGUAUCAGUGAACAAUUCAAUAAAUACCAUGGCUUCAUGCAAGGUGCUAGAGAUUUAACCUGGAGUUAUUCAAGUUUAUUGAAUGCUUUCAGAUGGAGAAAUAAAGUCAAACUUUAA